AUGCGCGUCCAUCGGGCGUGGACGACGCAGCCGUGGUGCGACAGCGUCGCCGCGCCCGCGUGGCCGUUCGCGUACCAAAAGACGCGCAGCCAAACGCUCGAGGUCGCGGGCCGCGUCAACGCCAACGCGCAGGAUCUGCGGCACGCGUGCGCGACCUUUGGCGUCCAGAGCAAGUGCCACCUCUGCGAGAACGACCGCAUGCAGCUCCAAGGCGUCGAGUACGCGGCGCUGCCGGCCAACAUCCCGACCGUCUCGGACGUGCCAUGGGCCGUCGGCGGGCGCCAUCGCUACGAUUACGGCGGCGCCAGCCGGAUCUGCGUCCUGCUCUCGGGCGACAGCUGCCUCUCGCCCUUCGGCACCGACUAUGCCAACUGCUCGACACGCUGCUGGGGCGUCGGGCCCGUGACGCGCCAGCGCGACUGGGACAAUGUGUCCGAGUUGUGGGACUAUGGCACGUCGGCGUCGGCGCAAGGCCGCGUCUUUAGCCUCGCGGGCGCCGGCACAUCGGGCUUUCAGGAUGGACCCGCCGCGACCGCGCAGUUUGCCUACCCCCGGGGCCUCGCAGUGGACGCCGCCCAGAACGUGUACGUCGCCGACACCAACAACCACCGCAUUCGCAAGAUUGCCGCGGGGACGCACGUCGUGUCGACGGUCGCCGGCGCCGGCACCGAAGGCUUUGCCGACGGACCGGCGCUCAGCGCGACGUUCUCGUUCCCGUCGAGCGUGGCCCUAUGGGAGACAGCGCACAGCACGCUGCUGUACGUGGCCGACACGGGCAACCACCGCAUUCGCGUUCUGAACCUCGCCACGAAUAUGGUGAGCUGCGUCGCGGGGCGAUGUCUCGGUGGCACCGAGACCGCGACGUUGGCGGUAGCCGCCGCGCCGCCGCAGCCCGGUCUCUCGGACGGCUCGCCCGGCAACGCGUCCUUCAACACCCCCACUGGCGUCGCCGUGUCGCCGUCCGGCGUCGUCUUCGUCGCCGACACGGGCAACCACAUCGUUCGCGAGAUCAGCCUUGACGGCACGACGACGACGCUGGCGGGUCACGUUGAGGCGCAGACGUCGCCGACGCUCGGGUGUCCACCGCCGUGUGUGCGCGGCGUCGCGGGCUUCCGGGACGGCAAUGCAACCUACGCGCAGUUCAACCACCCGACGAGCAUCGCGAUGGGCCCGGUUAACACGGUGCUUAUCGCCGACGACCACCGCGUUCGCCGCGUCGCGUAUGGCCUCAGUGCCGUCAGUGGCGUCACCGCAGACAAGCGCGUCGUGACGGUCGCGGGGGCGGGUCCAUUUGCUUACAGCGAGACGGACGGGGAGGGCACCGAGGCGUCCUUCCACGUCUCGGGCGUCGCCAUGAGUCCAGUGGACCAGCGCGUGUUCGCCGUCAGCGCCAUCUCCAACCACGUACGCAUGCUGUCCCACGCCGCGUCCGUGGCCCGCAGCGUCGAUUGCUCGACGCGCGCGAGGGACGUGCUGAGCCCGUCCGGCUGCGCGUCGUACGACACCGAGGCGUCUUUUCACGUCUCGGGCGUCGCCAUGAGUCCACUGGACGAGCGCGUGUUUGCCGUCAGCGCCAUCUCCAACCACGUGCGCAUGCUGUCCCACGCCGCGUCCGUUGCCCGCAGCGUCGAUUGCUCGACGCGUGCGAGGGACGUGCUGAGCCCGUCCGGCUGCGCGUCGUACGAGCCGCCGACCGACGCGCUCCACUACAAGGUCUCGCCGGCCAUGAACAACAUCUUUUACAACGCAGUGAACCGAAGCGUCUUUAGCGUCAAGGCCGGCGUCCACAUCCUCGGGCGCCGAGUGCAAGCGUGCGUCGGGUCGCCACCCAUGGAUGCGCUCACAACCGGGGACCUCUGUACGCGGCUGUAUGAUGCGAACGGCGCGCCAAUCACUGCGAUACGCCAAGACGUCGACGUUGGCAGCACGAUCCAAGUGACGUGCCCGACCAACUGCAAUAGUCCAACAACGCCUGUGUACGGCUCGCAGCGCUACGCCGACGCGUCGUCCAUCUGCUACGCCGCGAUCCACGCCGGCAUCAUCACUGGCGCCACGGGCGGGCUCGUCACGCUGACACUGCAGCCCAACACGCUCUUUUCCAACGCGGUGUACCGCACGGGGUCGUCGGCCAACGGCGUGACGUCCCUAUCCAUCGAGCGCAGCCAGCUCGGCGCGCGCUUCUUCUCGGUCGCGGCGACACCCGUGACCCAAGUCAGCGUCCAAACCGUGGCCGGCCACCCGAAAGCCCUGCUCGAGUCGGCCGCCGGCUUCCGCGACGGCCAGCCUCCGUUAGCAGCGUACUUUAACGGCCCAAGCGGCGUGGCCGUCGUCGCACCGCCGUCCGCAACCAGCUACCUGUACAUAGCCGAUACGCUCAACCACCGCAUUCGCGCCAUCUCGGCCAUGUGCUCCAAGGUCUGUGAGAACGGCGGCGUGUGCUCGGCCAUUGACGUCUGCACGUGCGCUGCCGGGUGGACGGGCGACGACUGCACGACCGCUGUGUGUGCGACGUGUGGCCCGCGCGAGCUCUGCGUCGGACCCAACCAGUGUGCUUGCGUACCAGGCUACACAGGCGCACCGGCAUGCACCACGCCGCAGUGCGUGCAGACGUGCGCCAACGGCGGCCGCUGCAGCGCGCCCGACACGUGUGCCUGCGCCAAUGGCUGGUUCGACGCCAACUGCACAACGCCCGUGUGCUCCCAGACCUGCGGCAACGGCGGCCGCUGCACCGCUCCAAGCACUUGCACGUGCUUGGCGCCGUGGCAAGGCGCCGACUGCCGGACACCCGUGUGUGCGCAGAGCUGCUUGAACGGCGGGACGUGUGUCGCGCCUAAUACUUGUUUGUGUCCUGUCGGCUGGAGCGGCCACGACUGCGGGCUUCCCGUGUGCGACCAAGGCAGCUUUGUACCCCACCCGAGCGCGUUCUUGAACGGUCUCUUCCGGCCUUUCAACUGGACCAUGUACGUGCCGUGCAGCUUCGACGCGUGGUGCCGCGCGACCAACGGCUUCGACUGCGCGAAGCGCCCGACGUCCAUCGUCGCCAACUGCAGCCUGCUCGAGCUGCGGGCCAACGCGCUGAGUCCGUUCACAUACUUACGAGAGCACGGCGAGAGCACAUUGUACCACCGCUACUCGCCGCGCACGCCGUACGGCCAAGACACGCUCAACCUCUCGUACCCGGGCGCGCCCGUCUUGAGUCCUGGCUUGCUGACGACACCCCCGUACACGGCCAGCGUCGACCGACAACUCGCACAAGUGGAGCUCCGCGUCGUCGUCCAAGGCGUUUACGUCUGUGCCAACAACGGCAACUGCUCGGCGCCUGGCAUCUGCGUCUGCGCGCCGGGCUGGGCAGGCUUCGACUGCCGCGUGCCCGUCUGUUCCCAAGGGUACUAUACGCCGACGCAAAUGACGCUCGUGGCCGCCGACCCGAUCGCCAGCGCGGCCGCCGGGCACCCAUCGUCGAACGGCAACCCGACGUACGCGCAAACGACCGAGGUCUUGUCGUGGGACCAGUACACGGCGACGACAGCCAUGGUCGGCGGCGCCGGCUUCUUGACUGCCGGCGGACGCCAAGGCGGCUACGCGUGCUCGAUCCGAAGCCUGACGCAAUUCGAAAAGCCCGCGACGCUCACGUCGCCCGCCAACUACUGGGACUUUCCCAACUACUACUCCCUCUACAUGGACAUGAGCAUGUACUGGCCGCCGCUGUACGAGAAGACGGCGCCGGUUUGGGACAACACCCAGAUGGGGUACACCCGCAACGGCAUUUGGCGCUACAUGGCCCCGACGCAGUGGCAGAAAGGCACGUGCCUCGUCCAUUUUCAGCGCACUUGCGGCGGCACGUCGUCGAAUUUGUCGGUGGACCCGGACGCGAGCUACCGCCCGCAGUUGCAGUACACGGCGGUGAAAGCGUCGGGUGUCAUCACGAGCUAUGCGAACGAUUGCGUCGACAGAGUCCUUCGCGGCUGCUACAACAAUGGCACAUGCAUUGCGCCCGACACGUGCGUCUGCGCGGCGGGUUGGACGGGCCAUGACUGCUCGGUGCCCAUCUGCGCUCCUGCCUGCAUCCACGGCACGUGCACCAACCCCAACCGCUGUGUGUGUGAUGUGGGCUGGACCGGCGCCAUUUGCAACGUGGCUAUUUGCGCCCAAGACUGCCGCAACGGAGGCCACUGUGUUGCGCCGGACACGUGCGAAUGUGUGACGUGGCCGUCGGGCUGGCGCGACGGACGCUCGAACGGCGGGCUUCCGAUCUUUGCGCUGCCCAGUGGCUCACCGCAACGCACGGGGUGGACUGGCUACGACUGCAACACGCCCAUUUGUACGCAAGCCGAAGCGUUCGUCUUGAACGUUGCGCGGUCGGACGCAAAGUUUAUCGCGCUGCGAGGGAGCCUCGGGAAGGUCAACUGCACGCACGUGCGCUGUCCGCAGUACGACAUUGAGGUCACUUCGAACGACGGCACGUCGUUCCAGUCGGGCUGUCCAGGGAUCCCGUACGCCAACCCUGUCUUUGGCGGCGACAAUGAGCUCCGGCAGCGCAACUGGGACGCGUACAAUGACGUUCUCAAUGACGGCCGGCAGUCGGCGACAUCGCUCUGCCGGGUCAUGGCAUGGCGCCAAGGCGAGUUCUCCAACCGCCAAGUGCGCAUCAACCACGAAACGAGCGGCGAAGGCGAAGGCGUGUACAAGUGCUUCCACCAUGGCUCGUGCAUCGCGCCCGACACGUGUAGCUGCGGCGACGGCUACAGCGGCUUCGACUGCCAAACGCCACUCUGCCGGUUUCUGACACCGUCCGGGACCGUCACUUCGUGUCAGCAUAGCGGCGUGUGCAUCGAGAAAGACAUGUGUCGAUGCGUUCAGUCGCCGUCGAUUCUCCAUCAAAAGUACCCGGCCGCGCCACGGGGCAUGACGGGCUGGACCGGCUCGAGCUGCUCGAUGGGUACUUUUCUACAACCGCAACUACUGCGAUGA